GUGACUAAGAAAUACAGUAACAAUAUACCUCAGUAUAUAAUGUAGGCUAAGAAGUAGGUACAAAUUAUGAUUUUACGACUAAUGAAGGUAAUGUAAACAACCCAUUUACUUUAAGAGGAGCCGUCAAACAUUUAUUGUCUAACACAAUAAUGGGGUAAACAUACAUAAAAAUCACAUUAUAACAAUAAACAUUAAGUGAUACAAUACGAAAACAAUCUAAUUUCCCUACAGUUUUAUCGGGCAAUAAUAACCGAUAUAAUACGCCUAUGCUUUAUUACAACAACAACUGGCAAAAGACCCGGGGAUGCUUAUUUUUUAUUAUUAAUAUCGCAUAAACAAUAACUUAAUAACUUGAUCCCCACCCACAGUAGCUCGCGCCGUAUUGGUCCAGUAAAAAUAGGCUGUGGGGCCGCGAGCGAGACGCACCUAUCUACGGUUAGUGCUAUCUCACUCGCACCACAAAACACCGUCGCCUUCAAACAUAGAAUACAUUUAUCGAUGUUUGGAGCAUAAAAAUUGACAGAUUUUUUUCAGUUCAUUGUGAGAAGUGGCGUCGGUCAGACGUGUCCCGUCCGCCGCACCGAAGGGUUGUCCCAAAAAAUACUUGAGGGAUUUUUCGUGUGAAUGAAUAUAUACUUUUAAGUGAUAAUCAGGAAUAAAGUGAACUUUAUGGAACUAUAUUAAUGAAACAUUUGUUGUGUUGUGUUGUUUGAAACUUUCCCAAGCUAGGAAAGCGUUUACGGUAUGAUCAGCUGCGCGUCCCCCGCCGGCAUGCCGCCUGCGCACCACUCUACACACCCCCAAGCCUGGGGCUCGCUACUACAGCCGCCGACUGUGAAAUCGGAACCAAUGGAAGACGGAAGCUUUCUGAAAGACCACACCAGCGGCUUCUACUCGGAGGGCUUCCACAGCGCCUCGCCCUCCUCCUCCAGUAAGGACUCGAACGGACACUCCCCGCGCAGCGUCGGCAGCUCCGGCGAGCCCUCGCCCUUCUACGACAACAUGUCGCUCAAAGCCAAAGCCAACCUUGGAAUGCACCUCGACUCGUUCCGCAACGGGUUGCCGUACAGUCUGCUUACUCCACCAGGCUUCGAACCCAGGAACAACGAUGGUCGCGAACCAUCACCCGGCUAUGAAACAUCUUACUCGCCGAGGAAUCUCGCCCCGCCCGCACAUGUAUCCACACCUUUAGCGCGGGCCGACGCUACUCCACCAAAGUCGCCCCCGAGAACACCAUCCUCUCCGGACAGAGACCAUGACCGACGCUCCUUCGACCGCUAUCAUGACUCUGGCUUUGAUGGACAGAAGAUGGACGGAGACAACGGCCCUGAUGUUUCCGGUGAUGAGGAUUUUGAUGAUGAACCCGGGCUAAGGGUCCCCGCGGUCAACUCUCACGGCAAAGUGAAAACAUUCAAAUGCAAACAGUGUGAAUUCGUUGCUGUAACCAAGCUUAGCUUCUGGGAGCACAGCAAGGAGCACAUCAAGCCCGAGAAGAUGUUGUGCUGUAGGAAGUGUCCGUUCGUCACAGAGUACAAGCACCACCUGGAAUACCACAUGAGAAACCACUUGGGCUCCAAACCAUUCCAAUGUACUCAGUGCUCAUACUCAUGCGUCAACAAAUCAAUGCUCAACUCCCACUUGAAGUCGCACUCCAACGUGUACCAAUACCGCUGCGCCGACUGCAACUAUGCGACUAAGUACUGCCACUCACUGAAGCUUCACCUGCGCAAGUAUCAGCACAACCCCGCCAUGGUACUGAACCCCGACGGCACGCCAAACCCGCUGCCAAUCAUCGACGUGUAUGGCACUCGCCGCGGGCCCAAGCAGAAGCCUUUGUCAAAGAUGUUCGACCACCCGCCGCAGAUGAAUAACAACCACCAGCCGCAGGCGCCACCUCCUCACCCGCUCUUCGGAAACCACUUUCCUGUCAACCUACCUUACCUCCCGCCACUCCUACCGCAUUCGUUCCUGUUCCCACCGAACAACAACUAUGAACAGCGCAUAUCUCCCAAGCUACCCGAAGUGCCGUCUGAGAAAACUGAAGCGGUGUCACCUCCUCCGUCUCUACUACACCAGCGUCUUGCGUAUGGUGAAAAGAAUGAUGCGAGUGGGACAACCUCGCCGCCUGCUCCCUCUCCCGCGAGCCUGCCGCAGACGCCGAGCACUCCUCGUGAGGUGCCUGCGGCGCCCGCCACCGACGCGCUCGACCUCACUAACACGAAGACGAGUGAAGCCGGCUCGCCCCCGCCUCCGCCCAGCGCCGAGCGCACCACACCUGUCACACCCACUACGGCCCUCAAGAACAGGAGAAAAGGACGCGCCUUCAAACUGCAGCCAGCAGCGCUACGACUCCAACAUGAAGAUGAAAAAACCAGAGAUAUGGAAAUCUCUGACUCCGAAUCAGAGGGCUCAGUGGAAGCGCCCGCCGCUACGCAGUCGUACUCGUGUCAGUACUGUGACAUCACGUUCGGAGACCUGACCAUGCACACCAUCCAUAUGGGUUUCCAUGGCUACAAUGAUCCCUUCAUGUGUAAUAAGUGUGGGGAGCGCAGUCCGGACCGCGUGGCCUUCUUCAUCCACCUCGGGCGCGCGCAGCACGCCUAGCCGCGCACUCCGCGAGCCCUAGUCACCACCUCUUAGAACGGAGGCUGUUUCACACAACUAAGUUAUUAUAGAAUAUUUUCCUUAGGCCAAAGACUUGUAAUGUAUUCAUGUAAUUGACGCAAAAGUGUAUCCGCGAAAACAGUAGAUUAGAUUAGGUUUUAAAAAACAUUGGUCAAUCUUUUCGCGAUUCACUUUUACAUCAUCAAUUCGUGUUAAUUUUAUAAUAAAGAAUGAAAUUCGAAAUGAGUCACGUGUUUCAAAUUUCAUUUAUUAUAAUGUAAAUUGUAGAUACGUAUUGUAUAAAUAUAUUUAUGCUGACUCGUGCGAAUAGUCAUAGGUUAUGUAAUUAGGCCGUAUGCCCUGUGUUUUGGUAGACGUAAAUACGUAGUUACACAAGUGACCAAUGUAUAAACAAGACUGUAUUUCUCGAUUAAGUACAAAGCAGUUUGUAAUUCACGUGUUUUAGUUUAGUUUUUAGUUUCCCUACGGAGUAUAACUUAUCUACUAGUAAACAGAAUAUAAAUACUAAAAGAAUUGCAAUUAGUGAGAUAUCGCCUCCGAUAUCUGUGUAUCGAAGUGUAACCGCCGUAACUACAGAACAUUACGUACACUGUGGAUAUAAAUAACAUUUUUAACCUUAACUAAUACGAAGGUAUUGUUGUUCUCGUUCUAAAAAUAGCCGUCUGUACUUACGAUGUGUUACAUAUAGGACAAUUUAGUGUAACAUUAUGUACAUACAAUACAACGGUGAAGUUACCUAUUAGUCAUAGUGUUAAACAAUAACUGUAAGACAAAAAAUACAGUAAUUUAAUGUAUAUUUUAAUUAAACAGAGUGUAUUUAUAAAUUAGGUACGAGUGAAAAAAAUAUUUUAUUUAUUUUUAGUUGUCGAAACUUGUGGAUGGCGCAUAUUGAUUUCAAUUUUGUCUGUAUGUUGCAAUGCGACCUUGCUUUGUUAAACAAUACUGUCGCUUAUAUUUCAAAAAAAGAAACGUCAACGAAACGUCACAUAAAUUAUUGUCUACGGUGAUUUUUUUUUUGGUUUAUGCAUUUAAGUUAUGAAAUUAAAAACUGCUAAG